AUGUUCUUUAUUAUUAUACCUAGAAUGGAUUUAUACAACACGUCUAGGAAAACCAAGCACUUCAUUCUAACUGCAGCAUUUUUAUUGCUUUGUUUAUCACCACUUGGAUCCUGUUAUAAUGGUCUUAUUGUGAAUAACAAGGAAGUCCAAAUUCUUGUCGACGGCAUAGACAACUUUGUAUUCGGAUCCAGCUACAUCAGUGACGAUUAUUUGAUACCUCUUGUCAACCUCGAAUCUCUGGAUGAAGGAAAAAAGUCAUUCGAAUUAGAACUAGUCAACCCUUUAUCCUGUUCUGUAAAGGUUGACAAUCUGAGAGUAUUUCCUGGUGAACUUCUUACGGACUAUUGCAGCUAUUCCCAAGUCACAUCGAAUUCGACUAGCAUAAAUGAUCUAACUGAUAAUUAUGCAUUUGAACCCAUACUACUUCAUUCUUACGAGAAAAAAAGUUUAUUGAAAGCAACUAUUGAUGCGGAUGACGUAAAAUUGAUCCAAAUUUCAAGUUUACUUUGGGAGUUUGAUCAUCACCGCAAACCUGAUCAAAUAUUUUCUGGAGGUUCAACUAACGAUAUGGGUUUCUUGAGCCCAGCAAAUAAAUUUUCGAAGUUACCAGCUGCAUUGAUUUCAAUCAAUGAAUUUCCCAAUCAAGUUCUGUACUCACGUGUCAGCCUUCUGUAUCUUGGUGUUAUCAACAGUCCAUCUGAUUCCAUUUCUAAACCAAUAGAAGUUUUAUUUCUCGGUAAUCAGCUACUUGAAGUCACAAGUAUUGAAGCCAAUAUCUAUGAUGAAGCUUUAUCAAUUAAUAUUACAGAAAAAUUUAUUGCACCGCGUACUACGAUUCCAAAAACUAUUGCCAUUGUAACACUUUCAUCGGCACAUUUAUCUUACAGUUAUUAUUUAUCUGGUAUAAUUACUGUAUUCACCAAUGACAAAUCUAUUUAUUUACGUAUACCUUUCUUUGGUCGACUUGUUCAUGGUUCACUUACAUCAGGUGUUCAAAUAGUGCCGAAUUAUAUAAAUGAGAACAAUCAACAAGACCAACCUUUUUUAUUUCGUUUUAUGCUAACUAAUCAAUAUGAUUUUACCCUAUUCAUAUCGAAAAUUGAUUUUUUAACUCCGAGUCAUAAAUAUUUACUACAGAUUCAUCAUCGUGUAACUAAUACCGAAAUAAUACCGAAUCAAACGAAAUUGAUUAUGAGUAUAUCUAUUGUUGAUAAUAGAAUUACACGUUUGCAUGGUGUAUUUAUUGUGUAUUCGAGUAUAUCCGCUUUUCAUAUACCGUACGAUAUUUAUUCUGGUAAACUUCAUUUUUUCAUCGAUGGUGCACGACACUUACUAGAUGUUUAUUUAUUGGGUACAACAUUAAUUGGUCAGAUACGUAAUCAGUCUGUUACAAUUGUCAAUCAAAAUCCUGUGCCGAUUGAAUUAACGUCAGUUAAUAUAUAUACAGAGUCGGAUAAUAAUGCCAAGUGUGAGAUUAUGAAACCAAAACGUGAAGGUUGCCAACUUUCAGGCCCAUGUGAAAAAUGUACUUUUCAGUUUACUAAAAUCCAAUCAUUAUCAGAAAUAAAUAUCCCAUUUUCAUGGGGUAAUGAAAAUAUUGCUCAACAUAUUAAAGGAUUUAUACAAAUUAAAACAAGAUAUACAGUAAUAGAACAACAAUUUGAAUAUUUCGUAACACGUGGCCUUAUUAAUGUGAUACCCAAUCCACUGAUUGUAAAUAGUUUAUUUCCUGGAAAAAUUAUCAUGCAUAAUAUUAUUGUCCAGAAUGCGUAUCCUACAGAGAUCAAUAUUUCUGACAUAAAAUUACAUCGCGUUAUCACGUCUUCAGAUGAUUUUGACAAUCCGAUUUCAUUUAAUAUUAUCCGGUUUUAUAAAAUUAAACAAAACAAGACUAGCAAUGAUACAAAUUCACCUCAUUCAUUCCAACCAAUUCAAUUCACAGCAAAUCAAUCUAGAGUGAUUGGAGUCGUUUAUUUUGACCCAUCUGUGAGUUGCGUUGAUAGAUUUGAAGAUAUUGCUCAAUAUGAUACAAUGUCGGCAACAACAACAACAACUACUACUAAUACUACCAAUUCGACUUCAGUUUAUCCUGUCCCCGAUAUAAUUAAACCUGCCGGAGCUAAUAAACCAUUUUGUUAUUGUGGAUUUAAUUUAGAUACGUCCUUAGGAAUGUUAUGGUUGAAGGGUGUUAAAGGAAAUGUCAAUCAAUCUAUAGAUAAAAUCAUUCAUCAAUCACCUGUAAAUCGUCUAAUAAUUGAAGAAACAUUUAAACUAUACAAUGAAUUAUACAGUCAAUGGUUAAAGCAUUCAAUAAAUAAAGAUAUGACCUCUAAACGUACUUUUAUGGAAAAAAAUAUCUUAACAUCUAUAAGUUAUGAACUGCCUGAUGAAAAUAUAACAUUUUUUAGUGAUUUAUCUGUUCGAUACAUGUGGCCGCUUAUAACUAGUACUCGAAAGGUUCCUAUAAAUGUAUCAAAUAAACAUUUAACAUUUUGUACAAUCAAAAAUGUCCCCUCUUCAUUAUCAGUAUCUUCAGAAUCAGAGAAUCGAUCUUUACCCACUCAUCGUUUGCUGCAAAUACCAACAGUAUCAUCAUCAUUACCAUCGUCGUCAGAAGAAACAAAUUCAUUUGAAUGUAUUUUUCAAAUAACGAAUCCUCAAUCAACGAUAAAUCCGUUAUUUGUUCAACCGAUAUUAUGGAAUGAAAUAUAUAAAAAUUAUGCUACAAAUGAAUCGGAAUUAAAUCACUUAAAAGAGCUGAUUACAAAUAUUUCGGAGGAUUCAACAUCCAUCGAUUCAUUAUUCACAACACAGUAUGGAGAAUUUUCUAUUCAACCAUUUUUAUGUUCUGAUUGUCAGCUAAUCGAUCAUUCUAUCAAUUUGACAUAUCCUCCAAGUUAUAUUUUACCAUCAAAUGGCAGUGGACAAUAUUUUCGCUUAAUAUUUACACCAUAUCAAAAUAUAUUUGAAUUAUUAAAUCAGAAUAAGGUGAACAAUGAAAAUACUAUACAUAGUCUAUUAUUAAUACGAAAUAAUUUAACUUCAAUAGAACCUUUAUGGUUAGAACUUCAUUUUGGUAGGAUUGGUUUAACACUUGGCAAAUUGUCAACUACAAAAACAAUAUCCAAACUGACAAAAUCGAUUAGCGCUUUCGUUAGUAAAUUUGAAAAUGAUCACAGUAAUAGUAGACAUUCUAUUUUACCUAAUAUUGAUCUAUAUAUUCGUAAUGUACCACCUAGUAGUAGUAGCAGUAGUAGUGGUAGUAGUAGUAGUACCACUGAUGGAUUCACUCAAUUGAAGGAUAAUUUAAUUUCUUCAUUCAAAAUUGAUCAAACACUUUAUGAUAUUGACUUGGAUUUUACUAGUCUAUUCAAUAACAGAGCAAAGAAGAUUCACCAAGAUUUAUCAUUAACAUUCGAAUUCACUGAAAAAACUAUUGGAACAUUUUGUGAACUUCCUAAAGCAAAAUCGACAGAUAAGUUACCUUCUCCACUUCAAUCUAAGCAUCAGAAACAAUCAAGUGAUUCUAAUCAUUUUGCUGAUAUUGACAAUCAUCAAGGUUUAUUAACAACUCUUUCAUUACGACGACGAUUAGUACUACUUAAUGCUGGACAAGUUACGUUGAGUAUAUUUAUGCUAAGCCUUUUACCAUCAAUGAAUGUUAGACAGAAAUUCACUGAAAACUUUCCUCUAACUAAUAAUUCAUCAAUAUCUACAUCUUAUUCUUGGUUAUAUUCACAUGUAUCAUGUAAUUUAAAUGGUUUUAAUUAG